AUGACAGUUGCUUUCAAUGCUAAUGACGGCAAAAUUUUGAAACUCGUGAAGCGUGUGCCCAAAUCCAAGAAUCUUCUAGAUAAGGACUACACCCACUACAUAAAGGGGUCCCUCAUUACCUUAGUACGGAACAAAGUUGAUGUGCAAGACAUCCCAACUUCUGCUAGGAAAAGAGUUGGAGGAAAGAGGGUUCCUCUGAAUGUUGCUUCAGCACCUAUUGACAAUGUGUCCUUCCAUUCUGAGGACUUUGUUCACAGAUGGAAGGAUGAUGAAGACUUCAAGGAUCUCGGCAAAUGCUAUGAGAAGCUGAUUAGGGAGUUCAUUGUGAACAUUCCCUCUAACUGCAAUGAUGAAGGAAGUGAGGAGUACAUAAAAGUGUUUGUUAGAGGAAGGUGUGUGAAUUUCCCACAAAAAAUUAUCAAUGAGUUUCUGGGAAGGAAUACAGAGGUUGUGACUGUCAAGUAUGCUGUGUUGAACAGAAUUGGAGCUGCCAGCUUGGCCUCUACCAAUCAUACUUCUAGAGUCACUCAUCAACUAGCUAGGUUGAUCUUUCUGGUGGGAACAAGAGCCAAGCUGGAUUUUGGCACUUAUAUGUCUAAACAAACAAUCAAGCAUGCAGACUCUUUUGCAGUGAAGUUGUCAAUCAUGUUUCCUUGCCUUAUGACUAAGCUCAUUCUGGAGCAACAUCCUGACAUAGUGAGAGCUGAUGAAAAUCAAGGUAAGAAAGGUUUACCUCUCACUUUUGACUACCGUCUGUUUGCUAGGACACAUGUUCCAGACAUUCUGCUGCCUACUGCAAAGGUUGGAGCUAGUGCUAGUGGGGCCAAGAAAGUUACUGGAUUGAGUAAGGAGGAUACUAUCCAAGCUAGCAAGAUUAGGAAGCAUAAUGUGGACAAGCUCAUCAGGAUGAUGAUUGAGACUACUGUUGUUGCUGCUAAAGAAGAGGACGAGGAGGAAGGUGAUGAACCUGAAGAUACUGAAUCAAACGGCUCUACUGAACAGACAUUAAAUAAGGAUCGAACCAAUGGAGUUAAUUGGAAAACCUUGGCCAUUUUCCAUCAGAAUUGA